AUUAAAAGUAAUAUAUUUGGUCUCACAUUUUACAUUAGAAGUCUUGCGAACUGAAUAUUUUGCUAUCAGCAAAACGAAAAAACAUUAGCAAUUCUUAAAACUUCAAAUUAAAAAAUUAGCACUUAAAUCGCAUUAAUGCACUUAACUUUACAUCAUAAUUAGUAAUUGGAAAUCUCUAAUAAAUGUUGCAAAACAAAAAGAAAUAACAUUAAUAAUCUAAUUACUAGUCAUUACUAACAAUAAGCAUAUGAAACCAGUUUGCCUAAUUACUUUCUAGCGCGACUGUAAUCAUCAAUAAAAUCAAGCUAUUUGAAUAUAAAUAUGAAAAAAUCAAAUUUAAAUUCGCUAAGCGCAUUUCCUUGUCAUAUUCUAGGGUCGUGCAAUAGACGGCAGCGACAACAAAAAAUUGAAAUUAAUUAAACUGCAUGCAAUACUAUUUUUGCCAUAGUGAAAUGCACCGAUUUUUUUAGGCUCAACAACAUUCUUAAUUAGAAGUCAUGAAUGUUUCACUUCCAUACUUUUUUAAACAUUUCAUUUUUCAUUACUAACCCACAGCUCCAUUUGUUGUUUCGCCGAAUCACUUUGAGUAAUGUCACCACCCCUUGGACCAAUACCGUGUAAUUUGAGCUGUCCGAAUUGCUCGAAACAAGUGACAUCCCGUAUGGAAUACAGAGCAUCAACAAAGUCACAUAUUAUUGCUUUACUACUCGCUGGUAUGCUCUGCCUACCUUGCGCCUGCGCUGUGUACUGCACGGAUUGCGCACGAAAUGUUGAGCACUACUGUCCAUCUUGUAAUGCAUUUUUGGGUGUAUACGAUCGUUGAGUUCAAUUUGAUAAAUUGCUUAGGUAAAUUUUAACUAAGGAUAGUAAGCGAAAUUGGAAAUUUGAACCAAAAAAUUUCAAUAUAAAAAAAAUCAAAAAUACGAUUUUCGAAACUUAUUGAAAUUAUAAUAAAUUUCAAAAAAAAUGAUUUUACAGAAAUAUUAUUUAUUGCUUAUAUAUUAAAGAAAUAUAUAAGAAUAUCUUUAAUUGAAUUAGUUAUAGUGCCUAUCCUUCGCAUUUAGACUAUAAGGUUUUUCUUUGACUUGAACUUGAAAGUCGAUAAAAAAAAAGUUUAGUCAUUACGAAAUGCCGAAAAUAUUUGUGGUCUUAUAUAACUUUGUUACUUUUGGUUAUGAGUUUUUCAUUACACUUCUAUAUUUUACUACAAAAGCAUGCACAUUUUUAAAGAAAUUUAAAAAUUAGGCAUUGACAAAUUUAGAGCUAAAUCUUAAAAAUGGCAUGACUUUAUUUAUUUAGGAGUAAAAAUUAUAUUGAUGUGAAUGUAGUCAAGUUAUUCUGUAAUAUGAAAUAAAAAUUAUGAAAUAUUAUUUGCACAU